AUGUCAGCUUAUCGAAUGUAUCGUUUACUUUAUCAAAAGUUUCAUUUCUACAACUACUGUAUAUAUAACAUUCAGGGAAGAUUUUUCAGUAAAUUAAAUUAUAAAAUUACUACAUUAUUUGAAAAUGCAACAAAACAGGAUAUUUCGAGAUCAUACAUUAACUCUGUUUUAUCACCAUUAGGUGAUUUUACUGUUUCAGUUAGUGAUUGUAGAGAUAUGAACAACAACUUACCUUCAACUCACUUAUCAUUUUGGCCUUGUCUUCUGAACUACGCUAGUUAUCAUGAUUGUCCUGAAUUAAGAAAAUCAUUAACCAACUACAUUUUGAGUGAUAUAAAUGAACAUAGCAAUGCUACAUUAAUGUGUACAUUAAAAUUGUUAGGCAUUCAAGAACGUUAUACUGAAUUCAAAAGUUUGUACGAUUAUUUUUUGCUUCGAUUAAAUGCCGUAGAAAAAAAAGUUUUUCAAAAUGAUAUAGCGAAAUCGGUCGCACGGACGCCGUUUUGGAGAGACACACCUGAAUUAUUAUUCUCUUCAGAAACGAAAAAAUGUGAUAAUUCAGCAAUUUAUGAACAAAUGUGUUCUUCCGCUUUAAAAUUUGAUACUAUCUCUUCUUUUUUUGAAUGUAUGCACAAACUAAAUGGUUCACCACGAGAAAAUGUUUUCUAUGAAUUUUUUAAUAAGUUAAAUGGGCUAAAAGAAGAAGAAUCUGUUCGUUUAGUCAGUCAGUUAUUUCAAAUAAUGCAAACACAUCGAUGGAUAAUUACUUAUGAGAUUGCUGAAUGUAUUCAACGUUGGUUUGCAAAUUUGAAGCAUGAACGUUGGUCAGGAGUUUUAUCUGCAUUUGUUAAUAGAGGCUAUUUAUGUUCAGUAUGUAGAAAAAGUCUACCACCACCAGACAUGUCACAGUUUCAUUUUUCCCGAAUGGCUGAUGCAUUUUAUGAAACAGUGAUAAAGGGGACAGAUAUUGAAAGUUUAUAUCUAACAGCAACAUCGAAUGAAGUUAUGACUCUAAAACGAUUUGUUGAUUCUCAAAGUGAACCCUUAGAUUGUAUUAUCGAUUUUAUGAAUCUUAUGAAUAUGCGCAAAUUUCUCUCUUCCGAUUCGUCAGGAUUGCAGGUUGCUGAGGUUUUGAGACAGAUCAACAAAGAUUUCAAUCUUCGGCGUUUUUGUUUUGUCAGUAAAGGGAAUACAAUCAUACGUAAAUCAGAGUUUUGGAAUCCAAUUAAAAUGCUAGGAAAUCAGUUGGGUAUCUCUGUUCAAAAAUUCUGUACAAAUUCUUCAUCAGAAGACGAUGUAUUCCUCCUCUAUAUGGCGAUGAAGUCUGGGCCACAGUGUUAUAUAGUAUCUAAUGAUGAAUUCAAACAAUAUCGUUUUUCAUCAGGUCCAGAACUUGGAGAACAAAUUUCUCGGUGGCAGUCUCUCAGACAACUUGUACUACAACGUCGUGGUCGGAUAUACCAAAAACCCUCAAAGUGUGACUUGUGUGUACAUGGUAACCUAGAAACCGGUUGGCACAUCCCUUAUUAUAAAGGGCACCACCAGAAAUUCUACACUGCAGUCGAUUCGUGGCUUUGUUUACAUCGUUUGAAAUAA